ACAUUUUAAAGGGAACUUGUUAUUUAAAUAAAAGACUUGGAGCUGUUUUGGGGUUUAGUAUUAAUUUCAGUUCCUAAUGAAUGUUAAUGUUGGUUACUAACUUCCCGGUCAAUUCAGUGUGUUGCACAUUGUUACAUAAAUACUGCCUGUGCAAAUGAUGACUUGCUGCUUUUGAGCCUACUGCAGAUCUUCAUUUUUGAUAUGGUCAGAAGUCUCACUAUGUAAAUGCAGCUACAGUAGCACUGGAAUUUCUAACUGCAGUCUUUAAAAUGUUGACCCAAGCUCUUUAACAGUGAGAAAAGAAGUUUGUACCUGUGGGCAGGGAGCAGGGAAGGCACACACUGUGCAGUGAAAGUCUGCUUCCUCAGAAACUUCUCUGUAAGAACUUGUGGGAUGUACGAGUCUCUUCUCUACAGAGCAGGGAAGAAAAAUCCAAAAAGUCCCUCGUGCCUGAAUGUAGGGGUUUUCCUUACUUUCAUUUUAGUUUUUGUGUGUAGUGUAGUGAUUCACUUUCCCAGUCCCCGCUGAGCUGGUGAAGGGCUGUCCUGCUGCCCAUGACACACCAGAAGCUCCCUCCCCCAGAGGGAGCUGGAUCCCUUCAGCCAGGAGAGGUGGCACUCGGGAGAGAUCUAAUUGCCAGCUAUAGCCAGCUGUAGCGUUUGCAGAAAUGGCAGACUUUUGUCUGAAGCUCCCAGUAAAAUCACAAAAAACAUCUCUCAUAAAUGCAGCAGAGGAAUUCCACUGCAGCAGGAAACCCACAUGAAAAGUGGUUAACUGUGGGAUUAAAUUGUUAGUAGCCCUGUGCUGAGGCUGGACUGGAUGACCUCCAGAGGCCCCUCCCAAGAGAGGUUUUCCUCUGAGUCCACACUGGCUGUUUGGAAAAGACUGAAAACUGUGGCUCCAAUUACGAACAGACUUUAGGUCUAGAGUAACAUGAACCACUCACUUUUUCUAUUUUUAUGUGGAAUGCCACACAUUGAGAGAGAAUUGCCUUGCCUCUGCCAGUUACUAGAAGUAUUCUCUGUUUGCUUUGGGUAUGCUUUCUUCAUCCUCCCACAUCCUCAUCCAGGAUGUAAGCAAAACCCACUCUCACAUCCACUGCAAAUACCAGAAAAUCUGAAAAGCCACAGGUUGUGCUACAGUAGCAGUUUCGGGGUUACAUUUUCUCCUCUUAUGUAUGGGAAACAACCCAUUCAAGGGCAAAAGAAAAAAAAAAAAGAGAGUAACAAGGAGGUGGUCCUUUCAAAUGAGGUGAGUCAAGCAGCUUUCGGCAAAAAUGUACUUAACUUUUACCUCUGUAAAUAGCAGUAAUCCAUCCUUAAGAGGAAGAAAGCUGUUUACCCAGCACUCAGAUGGGUUUCUGUUCCAGCAAUGGAAAAAAAUUCUCAUACUGAUGGUUUUUUUUAUGUUGGGUCACAAAAAUAUCAGUUCACAAUGGUUGGAUCAGAAAGAUGCUGCAAUGUAAGCUAGGAUGAGCCAGUAGCAUAACUACUUAUGUGAAUUCUGCUGGGCUCAGUAAUAAAUUUUAUCUUUCCAUUUCUUCAUAAAGUACUGUUCAGAGUACCCUUAGUAUUGUUUAUAAAGUUCUCUAUUUUAAAUAGCAUUGCAGUGUGCACCAUCCUGUGCUCCUCAAUAGUUUACAAUCUAAAAUGCACUAAAUACACUAUACACAUACUCUAUGAGACUCCAGACAUAUAUGUAUGUAAUGCCUGCAUGUGUGUGUGUGUGCAGCUGGUCAUUCUUGGACUGUAGUGAUUUUUGUCACACAAAGCACUGGGGCUGAUGAGUAGCACAGUGUUGCAGCUGCUAAUAACCUGCUGUUGGAAUAGCAGCUGUUUCAAGGACAGCAGAAAUUAUGUGAAGAGUUACCGGUUACUGCAGAUUGGCGAGCCUAGCUGCAGAUAAAACACUCUGGGAGUGCAGUGCACAGGAAGCCCUGGGUUUCCUCAUGUGACAGGCAUUUCUUGCCCCAUUUCACCACAGCCUUUUCCGAGCAAAACCCACUGGUGCCAGCAGGCUGGCCCUCAGCUCUGCUUUCUUAGGAGGAGCCUACAUCAAAAGGAACCUUGACAAAGGUCCACACUUCAGCUCCUAGCAAUGGGCUGCUUCCUGGGAUAUGGGAAGGUGUGUACAAUUCAAGUAAACAAAUACAUGACCUGUGACGAAACACAGAUGAAUUGUCAGUCUGGUGAUUGGUUUGUAAAAGUUCCCUAUUCCCGUACUUGAGCCCAUAUAACAUGAUGAAAUAUUAAUUGAAUUUGGUGUGGGGAACUAUUUAAAGGUCGCUGGAUUUUGAAGGUGUGUUUGGGAAAUGGAUAGAUAAAAAAACUACAGCCGGAGAUAGACUUUCUGACUUCUGUCUUCAUUUGGUGGGUUUUUUUUCUUCAUUUUUUUUUCAGUUCUUUAAUUCCCUUAAUUGGUUUGACUAAUUCAUUAUUUAAAGCUAUACAGUUAGCAUUUUACUAUAUAUACUGGAGGUUUGGUGCUAGAAUAAUGAGGUAUAGGUGAUCAGCUGAACUGAGACCCUGUGCCCAUCUAUCUGACCAAGGUCAGCUUCUUGGCUAGAUGUUGUUGAGUUUGUUCAAUAUAACUGGUGGCCUUUAAAUAAGUUCAUUUGAACCAGAACUUGCACUUUUUUUUUGACCUGAAAAGUCUUCUGUUUCCACGUUUCCCCAAAGUAAAGAAGAUUUAAUGACAAUUUUUUUGCUUGCAGACAGAUAGCCUUCACUCAUUCAUUCAUGAGCCAUUACUCAUUUUAUGGAAGUUGUUACACAGGGCUGCGCUGAUCUUAUAAAAUUACCAUUGUUCUCCUCUUGCUUAUCGUCAUGAGUUUGCAGAAAGAGAUUGCAUCCUGACUUUAGCUUAGCACUAGUGCACAAGCAGUGGAGUACCAGUGGGUGUCAGCAUCGGGGAGUUUUUGGGGAGAGAGGAGUGAGGGGCAAGGCUAGAACACCACGUUCACCAGCAGCAGCCGAAUUGUCUGAGCUUUCUAUACAUCCCAGGAACACAAAACUCCUCUCCCUCCAGGCAGACGUGCAUGUGGCAUUAAAACAUUUACAAGCACAAAGUGAAAUUUCUCCAUCGGGGAGUGCCAGCGUCCCCAGCCCUGGAGUCAAGCUUGUAGGGAUGGACAUUUUGGGCGGGCAGGAUCCAGAGGACAGCACUGACAAAUGCCAAUAUUUGUGCAGGUAGUGUUGCAGCACACCUGCACCAGUUGAGGCAUAGGAUUCCAGGCAGUCUGAAAGUCCAACCCAGAGUGGCACUUUGGCCCCAUGGGCUGGGCUUACCUUCCUAAUCCCUGUCUGGAGACUGUCAGUCCUGCAACUUCCCCAGCUCCCAGCAUCUCCUCCGCAGCCAGCAUGGGGUGAAUGUGCUGCCCCACAGCCAGAAGUGACUGCCCAGCCCCUCAUUCCUCCAGUGACAGCCCCCUAGAGGAUGCCCUGCCACCAGCACACCUGCAAACUCCAUCUCUUGCUUUUGGCCCAGAGGCAGUCCAUCAAACCAGAGCACAUCUCAUGGCUAAAUUAAAACAAAGCCAAACCGGGGAAUUUGGACACUGAAAAUAAGGGGAACUCUGGAGUGCUUAACAAUUACUUCCUCAUAAGACAUGCCCAAAAGGAAGAGAGGUACUUUUCAGUCAUGGAGCUCUCUCCUAAGCAUGAGGAGGAUCAUGCUUUCCUUCCUCUGCUUAAUGCACCUGCUUCAGGAUGAGACAGCUUCACUUCUAGUUUUGGACAACCAAGACCUGCAAGAAUCCAUUAAGCCACAGAAGGUAGAGUUCCAUUCAUUGAAUUUCAACACCACUUUGCACUGGCAGCCUGGGUGGGCCAGAGAGGCCAGAGACACGCUCUACUUUGUGCAGUACAAAAUGUAUGGGCAGAGCACAUGGCAAAACAAAGACGAGUGCUGGGGGAUUUCAAGCCAUGUCUGUGACCUAACACAUGAGACCUCUGACAUCCAGGAGCCUUACUACAGCAGGGUGAGAGCAGCCUUGGCUGGUGUCUAUUCCAACUGGAGCCUCAGCUGCAGAUUCACUCCUUGGCGAGAAACUAUGAUAGGACCUCCAAUGGUAACUGUGGUUCAUAGCAACAAAUCCAUAACAGUAAAGCUCCAGGCUCCACGUUCUCCUUAUAAAAGGAAGAGAGGCAGCAAAAUACCAAUGACAAAUUACUAUGAUCUGCUGUACCAAGUCUUCAUAAUUAACAACUUUCUAGAUGAGCAACACAGGGUCCUGGUGUAUGAAGGGAAAGAGAAGGUUAUUAAAAUACAAGAUUUGAGGCCUGGAGUCAGCUACUGCAUCGUGGCCAAAAUGUACAUGCCAAUGCUGGACCACAGCAGUGCCUACAGCAGCAGGCAAUGCACAGUGCUGCACUGACAGGCUGGCACCCCUGAGGCAGGGAUAAUGGCAGAAGAUGCCUUCCAUCACAGGUCCAGCUGUAAAUCAACAUCUGCUGUCUAUGUCUGGAAUGCAUACUUGGAUACUUUUUAAACUAACCUUUGCUGCAUUAAAUUAUUUGGUUCAUUACAAUCAUUUUAUACCUGAAGGUCAAGAAUUCUUUGUAUGUCUCGUAUUACAAUUUAUGAUGGUAUAUAUUUGCAUUUUCAAAGGAAACAGACUUGUAAUACAAAAAUAAAAGCAUGGAAAAAGUCUUUGUGGAAAUAUUCUUAA